UUCUCCUUCCAGGAAAAUGGCUGGGGGGCAUCCCUUGCUGAAAGACUGGUCAGAAAAUGCGAUGUUGUGAACCGUGGGCUCUCAGGGUACAACACCAGAUGGGCUAAAUUGAUCCUUCCGAGACUGAUCACUAAAAGUACCGGUGCUGAGAGUACUGUUGCGGUUACUAUUUUCUUUGGAGCUAAUGACAGUGCUUUGAAAGAGCUGAACCCUAAGCAACACGUUCCUUUGGAGGAAUAUGCUGCGAACUUAAAGAGCAUGAUACAGUAUCUGAAGUCAGUGGACAUUGCUGAAGACAGGAUUAUUUUGAUAACACCACCACCUCUUCAGGAAUCGGCUUGGGAAAAGGAGUGUCUUGCCAAAGGUGACAAAUUAAAUCGCCGCAACGCCACCACCGGGGAAUACGCCCAAGCCUGUGUUCAGGUAGCGAGGGACUGUGGAACGGAUGUACUCGACCUCUGGACACUGAUGCAAAAAAAUCAGGAUUUCUCUUCCUAUUUGUCCGAUGGUCUUCAUUUAUCAACAGAAGGCAACAGCUUUUUAGCAGCACAACUUUGGUCACGCCUGGAAAAAAAACUGUCUGCUCUUCCUUUGCUGCUUCCGUACUGGCGUGACGUGGACCAUACGGACCCCGAGGCCAGCCUGCUGUGAGAUCCCCUGCAGCCUGGAGCAGAAGCAUCCGAGCCUGACAAAACCA